AUGUCGUGUACCGUGAAAUGUGUUAGCUGUAACAUUGUUAUUGAUGAGCUAUUAGCUUAUCUCAGAGCGAAGUUGUCCAGUGCCGAUGAAGAGACUCUGGUCAGAAUUUGUACAGCAACGUUCUCCAGCGAGGAUAUUCAAAAGUCCCACCGUUUGCUGUUUGAAUCUGUGCCAUCAGAUGUGCGUAAAAUUAUUCGGAAAGGAAAAGGAAAAGAAGAUCGACUGGUUUAUGAUAUGUUGCACUUUUUAAAAGUGACUGAACCAGAUGCCUUGCCGAUCUUUGUAGCCCGGAACCUGGAGAAGUUACCGCCAAUAACCCUUGACCACUUGGAUGUCUCUAAGCUUUUAAAAGACAUAGCAGUUUUACAAGCGGAUAUUAAGCAAAUACAGUCUUCGUAUGUGACCGUUGAGCAGCUUGAAUGCGUGAAAAAAGAUUGUAUUAGCUACAAAACUGUAUCGCCGCCUUUCUCAGCUGCUAAAGUAAACAUGAAGAGAGGUGCAUAUCGUGACAGUGGACCGGAAGGUUUGUCUCUUUUUGAUGAAUCGUGUGUUAUCAAUGACGAUAAUAAUCGCAGCUGCUCAAAUGAUUAUAGUUUGCAUUAUAGAAGCAUCAAUAAAGAACAAUCAGAGGGUAGGAACCGCGUACCGCUCGAUACAAAAUUAGCAUCGGCUUCAAAACCGUUAUCUGAGCGCGCUCCGACCGAUGAAGCGAACGAUGAUUCACACUCGCAGCGUAGUGUUAUCGACCUACCUCAGCUGACAACCGAUCAGCUGACUGGCGGCGGCGGCGUGUUGUCAACUACUAAUGAGACAUACGCUCAGGCAUCAAUGAAGUCGAACAAUGAGUGGUCUGUUGUCCGGAAAAAGAAAACUAGAUCGAAAAACCGUGUUGAAGGCAAGUCCGGCACCGUCGUAGUUGAAACUGGCGAAAUGUUUAGAGCGGCGGUACGAAAGUUUCCCGUCUUUAUAACGAACGUUCAUCAGGAUACUUGUCAAUCUGAUAUAGAAAAGUACAUUCUUAAGAUGACAGGGGAAACUGUUCAACUGGAAAAGAUUGAAAUUAGGCGACAAUGUGACUACAAAGCAUAUAAAUUUUUCGUGCCUUGUAACAAACUAACGUUAUUCCUUGAUGAGAAGAUAUGGCCCGAAGGAAUAAUUUUUCGUCGUUUCAUAAAUUUUAAACUGAAGCGUAAUGUAACUUCUGAUGAAAAAGGCGGCCCAUCAAAAUAA